AUGGGGCUGAAGUCCUUCUUCAAACUGGUUGCGGAUCGCGGGGUUUUACCUUCGGAAACUGACGUGGGCGGUUUCUUGGCGGCAAAUCCUGACCAUCCUGCCCAUGUAGAUCUCUUCGAACGAUAUGAGCACCUUCGAGAGAAAUUCCCGGAGUGGGGUAUGGACUUGUCCUCAAGUCAUGAGGCGCAUCCAGAAGGGUCUUUGAGAGUGUCCAGGGAAAGAAUCAGCUGUCAACAGACCUUGGCUCUGUCUUCGAUGGCUGCUCUCUUUUGUGACAUUGGAAGUGAUCGCAUGGUUCAUGGAUAUCGAGACAAAGUAUCCUUGCAGUCACAAGGCAAAGAUAUAACUCAGUUGAAACUCAAAGGAACGAUUUCUACCAAAAAUCUUGUUCUGAAUCUACUUGCCUAUGAUACAACCCAGACGAAGAGACAGCAGCAGUCUGACGUAGAUGAAGAAGACGCCAGCCAAGAACUGGAGCUUUCUCAGGGAUUUCUCAACACGACGUGUUCAGAGGCGGCCGGUGAAGACCUAACAGAUGAAGACUACGCAAACAUAAACUGGAAGAGGAGCUCCAAACUGCUUGAAAACGUUGAGCUCACAUUCAACGAACCAGGGCGAUGCCCAUCCGCAAACACCACAACUAUUGUCGGAUGUGAUCCUGGUAUUGUUAACGCCCUUACGUUUUCCUCACUGGACCCUCACAACCCUAACUUGCGGCAAACGGUGAAGGUGAGAAGCAGGUUCUUGUACCUUCCCGUCCUCUGGUUCAAUCACCUGUUGAAUAAAAGGAAGCGUGAAAAAGGAAUGAUUGAGGUUGAGAGCGCCAUCCCUGUGUUUGGAAGGGAUACAGACAGGAUCAACGAAUUUGGAUGUGCUUCAAGAGUUCUACGAAUCCAGAUGGCAUCUGAAAAAAAAAUGGGACCUACGAAAGGCUCAACGAGCUACGUUCGACUACGUGGUACAGCGAGUGUUGAAGAUGCUUGGGAUAAAGGAGUACUUGUCGUCGGCCUAGGGUCCUUUGAAAGUAGUAAAGGAGUUCCCAGCAAGCACACUGCUAUAACGAGACAUCUUGUCACACAGCGCCCGACUCUUUGCGAUAGCUUUUUAGAGACGGUGUACCCUCGCUCUAAAUAUUGCCGGGCAUGUAAGGUAUUCUUCGACCGUGACGCAGUAGGGGCGGAAAACAUCGCAAGAAUCGGUCUUGCUCAAAUUGAGAGGCAAGAGAGGCCUGCAAAGUACAAGCCCACGGAAGAGUCGCCUGCUCCGGCUGCAAAGCGCGCACGACGCUAG